CCUCGCUGCCUUUGUUGUCUUUCCUUAAGCUCCUAUUUCCCUCUUUCAGUCUUUCCUUCACUGAGUACGCGACUUUUUUUUUGCCACUAUCAUGUCGACAUGCAGUCAAACCCCCACUGGUACCCAGAGUAGUGUUAUCUCUACCCAAGUCGUCUCGACAUCUGUUGGAUCAGUCGUUUCCUCCAUCCCAACUCUUACAAGCACUGCUGUGACGACAGUUUGCGCCGAGUCCAAUUCUACUCUGUGUUUGUCCUCGACUACUUCUGUAGUAAGAGAGACGACGCUAUAUGGAACUACCACCAUCUUUACUUCAGUCCCAGUAACAUCAGAAUCCGCCGUUUCUACAGUAUACACUACAUUAUACGGGACUGUUUGCUCGCCCCUCGAUACUACUACGACUGGAACUGAUACGACCACCACACCAACUACAACCAGUACAACAAGCACGACGUCAACAACAUCUCCCACGACCACGACCACGACCACAACAUCAUCUUCAACAUCGACCUCUACUUUUGUUACCGUCUCGACACCUUCGACUGUCAUUACCUCCUCAACAUCUGUAACUUUAGCUGGUGGCGAAAUCACGGUUUCAGUAGUAACACUCACCUCUACACUAGCCGCUACCACAAUAACUUCCGCAGGCGGGGCCAUCGCUACAUCUACAGCCGCUUCCAGUAGUUCCAGUAAUGUUGGCGCUAUAGUCGGGGGAGUGGUGGGUGGCGUCUGUGGCCUCGCCUUACUAGCUCUUCUCAUCUGGUGUGUUCUAAAACGUCGUAAGAGAUGGGACGACAUCUUCGAUGAUCUUGACGAUCAGAUGCCUGCCAACACUGGUACGGGAGGCAACGAAGGAUUUUCCCUCGGACGGGAUUUGGACGUGGAGCCCAAACCGUACGAGUAUGGGACCGUCGGUGGAAACACAUAUCCGUCCCUCAAUGGUGUUUCACCACCACAAUCACCUUCAAUGGCUGGACAGCCGAUGAUGCCGACGUACACUGACCAUGGGUACGACCAACAGGGGUUGCAAGCCAUUUCACCGUUAAGCGUGCUUCCCAUGGGCGCGGCGGCGCCGGUGGGGCAGCAGCGACGCAUGUCGUCUCAGAGCGGAGAGCCUUCCCGGACGCCUUCGGUUGGUCCUGACAACAUUGCUGGUGCGGCCUCUUCCUCACGUCCCACAUCGUCGGAUUCGGGAUACUUCAGUCGGGCUCAGGCUGAGCGUCGCUUGCGUAUCGUCAAUCAAGAUAACGCUCCGGCUGGACAGAGGGCAUCCGUGAUGAGCAGCCAGGCGGCAGAUAUUAAUUCGAGUGAGGGGGUGAUUGAAGGGGGUGAUGCGAGUGGUUCUGGAGGAGGAGUCACGAAGGGAAGACGCAGGAGUUCGGCAACGGCAGCGACAGGUGGGAAGGCUGAUAUGGUGCGUCUGGAUGGGGCGCGGGCGCGACAAGAAGCGGAAGCCUCGGCCGCUUUGCAUCAUGGUCACGGGGAGCUUCCUCCGCCUGCUUACUCUGAGAGUUGAGAGUUAAAAACAAUACCGACGCAUUCGGGAUUGCUUUUUAGUACCUUGCAUUGUUUUUUUUUGGUGUUUGACUGCAUUUAUGACUUAUUUUAACUAACUGUGUAUUAUCGUACGUUCGCUUACCUUAUUAUUAUCUCGCGCUACCUUCCAUC